AUGUACGGUUCAAACCAGUCCGAUUCCCAACAGCCAGAAUGGCGACUGCCAGCGCGCCGGCCUAAACCAGCUUCUGAGUCGGCACAACCACCGCCGCAACCCCCUCGGCCAGCCGCAGGGGCUGUUUAUCACCCGGCAAACUAUGGGCCAAUGUCCAACACCGCUGUUCCGGCGCGGCCGACGUCGUCGUCGCCCGUAUCGCCGUUAUCGGGUCAGAGUCAGACCGACCCCCGGAAUUGGGGAGCGCCAUAUAACAAACAUACGAUUGUUGCCCCGCCACCUCUUCCACCGCAACCACAGCCGCAGACGCAGUCGCAACCCCACUCGCCCGCCUUGAACAACAUUCCGCCGUCGUUCUCGAAUCAAGAUUACGAAGCGUUCGCGGAUGCUCGACCUCCAUCGGCAAACAGUAUCCCACCGCCUUAUAAUUUCCCGCCGCGUCAACCCGAGGUCCAGAACCAGCAAUAUCAGACUUCUAAUGUUCCGAUACUACCCCCUAAGAUCCCCCAAGAUCAUCCCUCAGUCAGCCAGCAGGAUACUACUAAUGUUCGACCUGCACUGCUUGCACAGGGCAUCGGCCCGGCAGCUACGCAAGGCUCGUAUGGGCGUGCUGUGGAUCCCAAUGCAACCCCCACAUAUGCAUCUGCAUUGGGCCCGGGGACACCGUCCGACUGGGAACAUUUAGGUCCAACAGAGGGUGACUUUGAUGAUGCGCCGUGGUUUCCACCUAGAGACCUUGCUCCUCCAUCGAUUGAGACUAUUCAGACACCUCCUGGUUUUUCUACUGGCCUAGCCAAACCUGCCAUGGCCAGUGCACCGACUUCUCAACCCCAAGACUAUCCUCCUCAACCCCAAGGCUAUCCUUCUCAAACCCAGGGCUAUCCCAAUCAGCAGACUCCCAGUCCUACACCCCAAGCUCCCACUCCUAUGUACCAGUCUCCAGGGCCACAAAGAAAUGAUACUAUUUCGCCUGUCAGCUCCUCUGGCGGGAAUAGGUUCCACGCAGCACCUCUCAACCGCGUGGACAGUGUCAGCACUAGCAGCGUGUGGUCAAACCGCACUGAUAGUAUUGACAAUGUGAUUGAUGCAUGGACCAAACCUUUGGACCCCGCAUCAAGGCCGGCUGAUUCCGAUAAGGCAAGCUCGAUAUCACAUCUAGAUCUCCAAUCUAAGGGUAAUCAAGACAGCCCAGCGGAGACCCCGAAACCCUCGCAAUCUCCUCCUGCACAAGAGACACCAGCGAACGUCAAUAAAGAGGCUGCUGGCUCUGCUGAAGUGCGAAGCAAUAUCGCACCUCAACCAGUGGAUCCAUAUGAGGAUCUCGACCCAUGGUUCAAAUCAUCACUGACGCGCUGCAUUGCGAUGCUGCGCAAGGAGGCAGUGGCGGAUUCGGAUGAAGAGCGCUUCAAAAUAUUUACUGCUUUCAUGGCCAAGGAAACUAAACUCCGUGAAAUCAUGUAUAAUAUUGAGCAUGAGCCCCCAGUCGUUCAACCCCCUGUCGUUCAAGAGACUCGUUCCUCUGAAGCUCCACAUCCAUUGGUGAUUCCUGAGAAGCGCAAACCAUCUCUUGAGUCUGGACUAAUUCCCGUGGAGAUGGAAGAAGUUGAAUCACCUACCAGAAUCACCGAAGAUGAAGAGGAUGAUGACGAUGACGGCGCGGGAAGUGAAUAUAGCGCAGGUGGUCGUCCUAUCAUAACGAGGCGCGGGUCAACGGCGCAGAAGCCUAAGUCUUCGCUAGUGCCCUCAGAAGAUGUACCCAAACCGCCUGCUCGGACUUCUUCAAUGCAUCUAUUAGAGGAAGCACAACCUUUAGAGCCCCUCAAUACGGAGCCUCCGCGUCCAAUUUACACCCCAUUUCAAUACACUGAGGGCCCACAGCGUGGCUCAGAUAAUCUAACAUUUGCUCGUCCUGCUUAUCAAGCCUACUCUGAUUUACGGCAGGCAUCGGCUAGUGGACGGGUCAUGUCCAAUGUCCCUCAAUCUCAAACAGGACUCUCUGUUUUGACUACUUCGACACCUCCGUCUGAGCAUGAUGAGACUUUUAUUGGUCUAAUCCGGCAUAAAAGCAAUGCGUACCAGGCAGACAGUCGGCGGAACGCUACGCCGCAUCCACCAUUGCCGGAAUCGCUCCGACAAGGACGACAAGAAGAUAUUGUUGCAGAUUUGCGUACAAUUGUCGGGACGCCUUUAGAUAAACAAUCCGAAGGCUCCUGGCACAUCACAGCAAAAGAGGGCCUAGGAAAGUUCUCGGGGGAUUUAUCCUACGUUCAAAAAUCCAUUGACAGCUGGGAAAAAGCGGCUACAACCCGUCGACGCGCUCUUGAUGGCGAUCGUACCGCUCGACAAGACCAUUCGGAGGCGGAAAUCGAUACUCUUUUCAAUGAUAAAGAAAUUGGCUAUGCCGAUAUUAACACCUUGGAGGAAAAUUUCCGGCAGACUGAGGCUCGUACUCAGCUUGAUGAGGAGCGGAAGGAAGUAGAUCACUUCAUGUCGCAAGUGUUCAAUCCCGUAGAUGAACGUUUGAAAGAAGAGAUCUCUGCGCUUCGCAAAUUGUAUGAAAAUGCCCUGAGCCAGCUUGAUCGGGACCAGAAAGGAAAGAGCGCCAGUCUUGGCCGAUACAGUCCAUCUGUGACCCUGAAAAUGGUCCAUGACAUCCACAACCAGCUCGAGAUCCGGUUCCAGAAGCGGCUUGAGCUUGCGCUGGAUUGUGAGCGACGACGUAAGAGAGCCGAGCGCCGUCCGUUAGUCUUUAUGGGUGACAUGUCUACCCUCCGACAGCUUGAUGGGGACUUUGACCUUAUGGAAAAGCGGAACAUUCUGGAGGCAGCGAAGGACCGCGACGGGCGGGCCAAUCAGUUGAUGAAUUCCUUCGACGAUGCCAUAUUGCACGGCUUAGGUAUGAAUCAAAGCAUCCUGGACGAGCUUUCGUCCAAAGCAGCCCGCCUCGACCCCACGAACCUCCGUGCUUCCGGCCUACCCGAUUCUGAAGUCGAACAGAUCCUCAAGUCAGCGGUAACCUUCGCCAUGUCACUUCGAGCCGACUCCGAGGCAAUCCUUCGGAGCUCGGGGGUCGCAGAAAAAUCGCUAAACGACGCCGAUUACGCCGUCUCCGUUGCCGAAGCACGAUAUGCAAAUUCGGAGCCGGAUAUCUUUGAGCGUCUCGAAGCCGAAAAGAAAAAAGAGGAUUCAAUCCUCGAACGUGACUUGAACUCAAAGCUGCAGAGUAUUCAAAAGGGCCCCCAGACCCUUGAUCUGACUAUCAAACAACUUAUCCGGGACCUGGCAAAGACCCCGAGAGUUGAGGCUCCGGUUUCUGUGGUCAUUGAGGAAGCGACCCCUGUCAGUCACACCGACAGUGUGACGUCUGUAGACCUACCCUUGGAACUUCGCCCUGCCACUGUGGCUCCCACUAGUCAGACCCCGCCAGCACGUCGUUUGUCGGAUCCUAAGAAUGAUCACCAAGAGAGGCUACGUCGGGCGUUGGAGGAAGCAAAGAAGCGCAAUGCAGCGAAAUCUAGCCAAUGA